AUGAUUUUAUUACUUGUAUCCUUGGUGUUUUUACAAACAACCACAGCUCAAAUAGGUAGUCCUGCAGUGCAGGUUAAAAUAACUGAUACACCUUUCUCCGUUUCAAAUUCUCAACAGUUAAAACAAAUCAAAUGGGUUAGAUUAGGCCCAACAACGAAACAAGCAAUUUAUUGUGUUUCUGAAACACCUGUCAGUCAGCUACGUUUCGUUUGUACCGAUUGUCUGGAGAAAAACAUUACUGAUAUUGUUGAUGUUCUUAGUUCUGCUUCAGAUUUGACAAGGAUUGCUGGAUUUCCGUGUGUUAUGUUGAAAGACGUAGCUGUUAAUGUCAAUUGGACCGGAGCAACAGUUAUAUGUCAGGCAGCCGUUAAUGGAGGUACUGUUGAUUCUCAACCAGCUGUUAUUGAUGUGCAGUACCUUUACCAACCACAUGUUGUUGACUCGACGGGACAAAGCCCAGUUUUGAUAACUGGACAAGGAUACAGAUUCUAUGUUGAAUGUGUUCAAGGUGCUGAUGGUAAAUGUCAACAAGCAGAGCGACGAAAAACUCUCAGAUGUAAUGUACAGUCUCAUCCUCCCCCUACAUCAUAUAGAUGGCUAAAAAACGGACAAUCAACAAGUGUGAACGACGUUCAAAUGACACUCGGUACUGAAAUGAUCGGACAUUCUAUUCAAUGCCAGGCAAACAAUGGAUUGUACUCGGAGCUGGAGAUGCCGACUAGUCCUUCCGUUCAGAUUGAUCCAUAUUCGCCAGCAAGAUUGAUUCAAACUAAUUUCGCUGCAUUGCAAUCGUCCUCACCAUUCCAAGCAGGGAAUAGAUUAGAGAUAAAUCAGCAAAUAAACUUGGGAUGUCAAGUGCAAGGAAAUCCUAGGCCUGUUGUUUUCUGGAGACUUCGCAAAAGCAACGGACAGGUAGUUGAAGCUCCUUGUCCUCAAGGUUUCGAUGGACAAUACCAAGAAGUAUCAAAUGACGUUGGAGGCUCAGCCACUCGUCUUAACGCUGUAUGUUCUCUUCGAGUUGCCAACUUUUCUUAUUCUGGAACAUACUGGUGUUCGGCUUGCUCUUAUGUUAGCCAAGGCUCUCCAGAAUGCUCACCUGGAUUGAACAUUCCUGGAAGCAGCACUUUGACCAUACAAGCCAUUGGAGCCCCAGAAGUAUCAGAUAUGCCCAUAAGUAUUGAACAGAUUCCAAACUCUAACAAAAUGGUUUUGACUGUCAGAUAUUGCGCUGACCCCAUGCCUCGCCCACCCAGAGAAGUUGUCUUCAGUAUUGAUAACAACGACUUACAAGUCGGUCAAUCAUGGCAAAACUUCCGCUUCGAAACCACGGCUCAAAACAACACAGUUCCCAACUGCUAUCUCGCUCGACUUCUUGUAAACUCUAUGACCAAAGAAGAUCAGUAUCGCAAGAUAUCAUUGAAGCUCCAGAAUCAGUUUGGAAUGAAAACAAUAAACAUUCCUAUCGACAAUUUGUUAGGAGAAAGUUCAACACUCGCAGCUCAUCUGUCUGGAUGGUGGAUAACCUUCUUAGUAGCAUUAGCUUCAGCUGUUUUGUCAGUCUGUCUGAUUACAAUUUGUGUUAAGAAAGGGCUUUUAUGCUUUUCAAGUUCAGAAACGGAGGAAAACAUGAAGUAUGGUGAAAAGAAGGCCAAAGAGGAUUUCAAUAUGAACGGAACAUAUUUCGAUGCCUUCGACUCUAAUGAUUUUAACACGAACGAAAAUGCAGAUUGUGAGGCAGAUUUAUAUGAAAUGGCUGUGAAGGUAGCGUACAGUGGUUGUGAUUCUAGAAGUUCAACAGUUUGA